AUGCUACAAUCUUCGGUUCAAGCAGCCGCUUCUGCGGAAGUCGAACCACCGUGGAAAAAGUGGAAACCGAAUCCAUUUCCACCGUCGUUUUUGUCGCUUCCAGAUGUCAUAAUUCUACACUGCUUAGCUCGCAUAUCGAGGUCGUACUACCAUAAACUCUCUCUAGUCUCCAAGACCUUCCGCUCUCUCAUCUUAUCCACCGAGCUCGGCCACGCACGGUUUCACCACAAAACACAAGAACCGUUCUUUUCCAUAUGUUUACAGCUUCCCGACCGUCCUCGUCCCUCGUGGUUCACCCUCUGGGUGCAACCCGAGAAGAAGAAAGCUACAUUUGUGCAAGUGCCGUCUUCUUCAUAUGCUCCUCAAGUACCACUGUUAAUUCUCGCGGUUGGUUCAGAUGUCUACGCGCUCAGACAAGGUUACCCUCCGUCCCAAGUCAUGUUAGUCCGCAACAGAGAGAACAUUUUGUGGAGUAACGCACCUAACAUGACUGUAGCUCGAGUGAAUCCAGCUGCGUGCGUACUCGACGGGAAGAUACACGUGGUUGGAGGUUGCUGCGAGGCCGCCGCGAAAAGCUGCUGGGGAGAGGUUUUCGAUACAAAGACUCGAACCUGGGAGACUUUACCUGACCCUGGAGACGAGCUUCGGUUCUCUUCAAUGAUUAAAAAACUAGAGAUUAUAGGAGGGAAGCUUUACGUUACGAGUAACGAGGGGGAGGAAGACUCUGUCUACGAUCCGAAAACGCGUAAGUGGGAGGCUAUAGGGAAACGGCUCGAGGGUGACAGUAUGUGUUGGGUAGGUAGUUUAUAUUACUCUUGUCGUAGGGAAAGUUGCAUGUGGUAUGACAAAGAGUGUAAAGAGUGGAAACAUGUCAAGGGGUUGUCUUCGUUCAAUAAGAGUUGUCGUCGCGGUGGUUUGAUUGAAACGGUUCAAUUCUGUGGGAAGCUUUUAAUCUUGUGGGACAAGUUUGCACCUCUUCGUGGUAAUUGCGAGGAAAGGACUAUCUGUUGUGCUUUGGUUGCGUUUGAAAAGCGGAAAAAUGGUCAUGUUUGGGGAAAGGUUGAGUGGUCUAGUCCUGUGCUUACUGUUCCCAGUUCAUACCUUUUCUUGCGUUCUGGCGUUAUACGGACAUGA